AUGAACUCCCUGGAGAGACUCCUGUGGGGUGGGGCUGAGGCUCGCUGGCUCCCACGGUCCAGCGCCAUCUCCGUGGUGAAAAUCCUGAGGGUGCUGAGAGUCCUGCGGCCGCUGCGGGCCAUUAACAGAGCGAAGGGGCUGAAGCACGUAGUCCAGUGCGUGUUCGUGGCCAUCAAGACCAUCGGCAACAUUGUGAUUGUCACCACCCUGCUGCAGUUCAUGUUGGCCUGCAUCGGGGUGCAGCUCUUCAAGGGGAAGUUUAGCAGCUGUACGGAUCCGGCCAAGAUGACAGAAGAGGAAUGCAGGCUGCUGUACAAGGCCAUUGACACCCACACCGAGGACAUGGGCCCCAUCUACAACUACCGGGUGGAGAUCGCCAUCUUCUUCAUCAUCUACAUCAUCCUCAUCGCCUUCUUCAUGAUGAACCUCUUCGUCGGCUUUGUCAUCGUCACCUUCCAGGAGCAGGGCGAGAACGAAUACAAGAACUGCGAGCUGGACAAGAACCAGCGCCAGUGUGUCCAGUACGCACUGAAAGCCCGCCCUCUGAGACGCUACAUCCCCAAGAACCCCUAUCAGUACCAGAUUUGGUAUGUGGUGACCUCCUACUACUUCGAGUACCUCAUGUUCUUCCUGAUCAUGCUGAACACCAUCUGCCUGGGCAUGCAGCACUACAACCAGUCAGCUGAGAUGAACCACCUCUCAGACAACUUGAAUGUGGCCUUCACCAUCCUCUUCACCCUGGAGAUGUUCCUCAAGCUCAUGGCCUUCAAAGCCAAGGGCUAUUUCAGCAACCCCUGGAACGUCUUUGAUUUCCUCAUCGUCAUCGGUAGCAUCAUCGACGUCAUCCUGAGCGAGAUCGAUCCCCAUCUGCGACUGUCUCACAACCUAGCCUGGCAUCACACUCCCAGAGGCUAGCGCGGAUUAGGCGUAGGAAGAAGAGGACACGGGAGGACAUGUUCUCUGAGCUUAUGGCCUGUUCCCAAGCCCAGGCAGCACAGCAGACCCAGUGGCGGGAGAACUUGACCCGAAUGCACCAAGCAAACAUGGAUCCGGAGGAGAGGUGGCGGCAGGAAGACCAGCAGGCGACUCAAACGCUGCUUGGACUACUGAGCGAGCAAACAGACACGCUCCGGCGCCUUGUGGAUGUUCUGCAGGAACGGAGGCAGGAGGACAGAGCCCCGCUGCAGUCCAUCUCUAACCGCCCUCCCCCGCCACCAAGUCCCAUACCCACCUCACCCAAAGUGCAAAGAAGGAGAGGCGGCAGAGUCCGUGCUAACUCUCACUCCACCCCUGCAGAGAGCUCUAGUAACAGAAGGCUCUCAUUCCCCAAAAUUUGAAAAGUUCUUUCCUUCCCGCCUGACACAAGCCCCCGUCCAAGUUUCACCUCCCAGUUCCAUGUGUAGUUGAUAAUAAAAAAUACGUUUCUGUUAA